ACACACACACACACACACACACACACACACACACACUGUUAAAAUAUUGGAAAAUGGCUUGUGAAACAAACCUAGACUCAACUUUAAAUGUAGCCUGAAAAAUGAAAGGAAAAUAAUUCAAAUCAUUAUCAUUGUUAUUUGUUUAUCUUAUUUAUUUGUUUAUUUAUUUAUUUUCUAGUCCAGAAUGACACAGACCAGUGGGCGGGGCUUGUCGGUUUCUAGGUAAUAGUUACAACCGUUAGUUUCCGGAAGUGUAAACCGAGUAGAGGCUUCAUAUACGCGGAUAAACUACAACAAAUUCAACCAUUUAUCUGAUUAUAUAUUAUAUUUAUAUAUUUCAUCAUCAUUAUAUCAGACUGUAGUAUAAACAAGUAUUAAGAAGAAUACAUUUAAGAAUAGAUUUAAUGAGAAUGAUGGACCUUUAGGUUUUUAUCAAUCUCCUGAGCUAUCGAGAAAAAAAGAAAAGAAAGACAGAAAAAAAAAUACCUCAGAAAGUGAAACAAGACAAACUGAUAAAUGGAUCAAAGCUUACAGAAAAGGGUGAUGGAGAGCUAUGAGGAGUACCGUUUGAAGAGCCUGGCCCGCGUGCACGCGCAGAGAGGGUGCAGUGCGCGACACGGACACACGGGGGCACAGUCCGCCAUCCGCUUCCACGGGAGGCACGCGCUUCUUCCCAGGCUCAGUGAACAGCAGCGUGCCGAGAUGGCUGAACAGAGACAGAGGGCAGCGCAGAGAGAGUGUGAGAGACACACACAGACGUUCAGAUCUCUGCUCGAUCGAGUGCAGGACAUCAUCAAACACGUACAGUUGCGAAAGGUGCAGGAUGAUGACGUUUCCCAAGCUGUAGAAUCCCCAUGUUCCAAAAGAACACAAAUAGAGCAGCAGCCACACACCGGCCUCUUCUUAAAUAGUACUGCACUGCGGAAGGAGACCCUACGGCUACUGAACAGCCAGAUGGAGAGAAUGAGGAAAAGAGGAGAGGAAAAAGGAGAGGAAGAGAUUCAGCCAGGCUGUAUUGGAGGGAUUCAAGUAGGAAGUGAGGAUUUGAGAUAUGCAGAGAUGCAAAGUGGCAAGAAAAGGGAAAGGGAAGAGCCUGACACUGAUAGGGAGAAGGAAGGCUGUCGAACGCUGGAGCAUCAACCGGUAAUGAAGUGUAGUAACUGCUUGGAUUGUAGCUCUGAUGUUGAUACAACCUCACCUGACUUAUCACUGACUGGUCUUUCUAUUUGUGCUAGUAUAAUGGGCUCGUACGCCCAGUUACCGAGUCCACCGGACCACCAUUCGUGCAAAAUGCUCAUCGCCGUUCCCAUUAAUGAGUCAGAGGUCCAUCCUCAUCGCUUUAAAAAAACAUUUCAAAACUUCAACCGAGGAGCGACAAUCUCAGUAGAACAGUCAGCUUUAUCAGCAUCUUCUGGUGUGGAGUGGAACUGCAGCUGCUCUGACUUAAAAAAGACAAGUUGUAAUUUACUCACCUCUUCCACUCCCAGGAGCUUAACGUUGAGCAGACCAACUGGUGUGCUAAACCCAACCCAACCAGAGACCCUUAAAAAAAAGAAAACCCAGAAUAACCACUGUACCACCCGUCAGCGCUUCCCUUCAGCUCCGCUCAAUCAGUCCUACGAUGUGGAGAGUCCGUCCCUGACACUGCUCAGGCCACAGAUCAGGUCAGCCUCUGAAGCCUCAGAAACCUUCGUCAGACACAAGCUGGAGCUGGUAAGAUGUCCACAGAACAGAAUGAACCAGCAGCACCUGGCUGCAGCUGAUUUCCUCCAGGAUAAAACAGUAGGUGAUGUCCAGGUAUUAGACAUACCAUGUGAGCAUCUGAAAGAACAGCACACUCUCCAACUCACAGACAUACUUAAAACACAGGACCAAGAGACACAGCACCACCAACAGGUCCCAUCCAUCACACAACCUUGGAUUAAAGACAGCCCACACUUUAUAUAACAUCCUUUUGUAAAAUUCUCAUUGGAAAAAUCAGAGUCAGUGGUGAACACAGGGCAAGCAUUUGAAUAAUUGAAUAAUGAAUAUGGAGGGUCUGUUAGAUUCUCGUAUGCACAUGCAGGGCAUGUAAAACUGGUUUACCAGGAAAAAGGAGCGAGGGGUAUAAGAUUGGGGGCUUCUCUGAAUUUAGGUAUUUAUAGAAUCAGUACUUCUUGAUGAGAGUAAAAAUCCAGGCCGUCUGUGCACUUUUCUAUUGUCUGAUAGAAAAUUCUUUGUAAAAAUGUCCCAAAUAAUUGAUUAUUAUUAUAUAGACAAAUGUCCUGGUCUGCAAAAAGGCUUGAAUAGAAGAAACAAUUUCAAGCUGAGUUUGUUUACAUGCAUACUAAUAACGCAAUCACAACUGAAUCAUUACCAGAUUAAUCAAGCGAUCAUGUAAACAGCAUAACGGCAUGAAAAUGGUCAGAUAUUAGAUAAAACUUCCAGAUUUUAGCCCAGUAAUUGGGGUAAACAGCAUACACUAUUGGUCAAAA